CACUAUUUCAGCUGUGUGGAUAGGCUGCUAGGGGACAUGCAGAGACCAAAGUGAUACUUUCCUACCAGGCGUCUGUCAGGUGACAGUAAUGUACCUGCUACAUGAUGCAGCCCUAGAUGCAGCCACAGAUGCACCAUGGAUGAAUGCAGCCACAGAUGCAGGCAGCCAUAACGUUACACACAGGUUACCGAAAAAGGAGGAGGAGGAGGAGGACGAGGAGGAGGAGGAGGAGAUGGGGCAUGCAGGCGGAGGGCACUUUCUCCAUAGUAACAAUGACAAAACAAGGCAGUUCAACAGCAGGCAGGCAAAAGGGAAGACUGCAGCUGCAGAGCAGAAGCACACAGAUUUCUGCUUCUGAGGAGUCUGGUUCUCAUAAAGCAAGGAAGAAGACCAGUCUUGAUCCGAGAAGUGGAAUAAGAAGAUUUCCAAAGUUUUACCAGAGUGUGCACAGGCCUGUCAAAGAGAUCGCAAGGAGGCAACAAGUGAAAAGGGGGCUCAAACGUACGGUACACCUGCCUCCCAGCAUGGACCGAGACAGCCACAGCGAGGAUACUUUGUCCACUAUGGUUCUGGAGAACAUUAAAAACAAACUGAUAAAUGCAUUCAGGGCAACUGGAGAGUCCAGAGAACAGAGGCAAGAGUCUGGAAAAACUGUCAGACCAGUCAGCAUCGGGAGGAGUUACCAAGCCAACGAAGAGCUACGGAGGGCGCAGAUAGAUGGUGCAAUCACCUGGUUGAGAUCUGAACUGCUGGAGAUGCGCUCACAGGACCUCCAGCUGGCUCAGACGCUGCUGGGGCUCAACACAGAGAUCCAAAGACUGAGGAGGGAGAGCUUUGGAGGAAUGGAAAUAGAGGGGGAGGAUCAGCCUUAACGUGCCCCAGUGGAGAGCCUGUUCUCUGGGGAGACUUUGAUGGAGAGUGUGGGGUAAAAUGCCCCAUUGGUGGACAUGAGGGAAUGCCCGAAAGCUCAAAUUUAAACAGAAAGGAGUGAAUGCAUUUGUUUGUGAUAAUGGCUCUUUGUUGAAAUAAGUGUCAUUGUUAAAAAAAGAUAAAUUAGACACCACUCCCUUGUUAAGUAAUCUUUUGAGAUGUUGGCGUUUUGAUAUUUUGCACUUAUGCAGAGUUUUGUUAAAGAAACCUGUUUGUCCCAUUACUAUAAAAAAGGAAACAAGGCAUCAUGAAUGUUGAAUACAAUUAAAGUAAUCACUUGGGACAAUGUUGUAGUGACAUAAAAAAUAAAAUGAGAACCA